AGACAGACAAACAGACAAAGCCAAAUAAAAUUCAAGGACUGCGCGUAAAGUUGAGGAAGCUAGCAACAUGUCAGAGCAAAAGCAGCAGCAGCAGCAGCAGCAGCAAAGGCAAAGUCAAUCGACGCCGCCGGAAUCGCCAGCGCCGCCCACAGAGGAGCAUGAGGGGCCGAGCACUAGCAACAGCAGCAGCAGCAGCGCCGCUUUGGCCAUGGGCAACAUAACUACAGCUGGCAACGAUGGCGAUGUGUCCAGGGAUCAAGAGCGCGAUAGGGAUAGAGAUGCUACUGCUGACAGGUGCAGCCAUCGCGAUGAAUUUGGCACUCAACGUGUUUAUAAGAAGACCUCACCGAAUUGUGUGCUGACCCUGUACUUGCCCACACGUGAGAUAACAUUGACCGGCAACAAUCCGUCCGUGCUGCGUGGCAUUGUGUUUGUCGAUCCGAAGGCUAUUCAGGGCUAUCGUGUCUAUGCGCAGUUGACGCUCACAUUUCGCUAUGGCCGCGAGGACGAGGAGGUAAUGGGCCUGCGCUUUUGCAAUGAGGCCAUCAUGUCGCUGCAUCAGAUUUGGCCGCGCAUUGAGGAGCCAUCACAUGAAUCUCUAAGUCCAUUGCAGGAGGCAUUGAUGAAACGCUUGGGUGAUGGUGCACAUCCCUUUACCUUAUCCUUGACCGCCCAGGCACCGCCCAGUGUGCAGUUGGUGCCGGCCAAGCGAUACUAUGGCGCACCCAUUGGCACCAGCUAUGAUGUGCGUUGCUUUAUUGCAGACAAAACCGAUGAAAAGUUUCUGCGCCGCGCCUCCGUCAAAAUGGGCGUGCGUGUCAUUUACCGCACCGAUGUGCACCAACAGCACUCAGCGCCGGAUCAUUAUGCCGCCCUUGCUGGUGGUCAACAAAAUGCCGCUGCCGCCGGUUCGGGCAGCGCUACGCAGUCACCACCAGUAAGCGCUACGCCGCCAUUGAGCAGCGAUGCCAGCGAACAGCCGCAGAGCAGCAGCAGCGCGGCGGCCAAGAGCAAAUCCAAAUCGGAGCGUGGCGACUCGUUUCCCAAACUGCGUCUGUCGCCCAAAUCUUUUAGAUUCAGCGGACGUUUUGGUCGCAGCAAAAGUGAAAUUGAGAAAUGCCCCAAUGAUCCGUUUCACUGCUAUAGCAAAUCCUUUCAGGAGCAAUGCGAUACUGUUGGCGCCGGCAUGUUGCCGCCACAUAGCAAUGCUGGCGUUACCGGUGGCAUUGGUGGCAUUAGCGUUGGUCCUUGCGGCGGUCCGCAGGGCUCAGUGGACAAACCAUUUCUGCUGCACGAUGGACGUGUUGGCCUUAGGGCCAGUCUGGACAAGGGCUGGUACACGCAUGGCGAGGAUGUGAGUGUGACGAUCAACAUACGCAACGAUAGCCGCAAGACAGUGCGCAAAGUGCGGGUCUGUGCCAUACAGCACGUGGAUGUGUGCAUGUUUAAUAAUGGAAAGUUCAAGAACGUUGUGGCCGACUCGGACAAUAUAACGCCAGUGGUGGAUCGCACCGUGGCGCCAGGUGGGCAGCUGACCACAACAGUGGCACUGCGACCACAACGAGGACCCACCAAGAACUGGAUUGCGCUGGAGGAUACGCUGCAGCGCAGUACGGAGCCCGAUGAGAUAACCGGCGCGAUAGCCGCCUCCGCUAUACGUUCGCCUAAUUUUGUGCUGCAAGCGGCGCAGCUGCUUAGCGGACAUCCAUUGCCGAGUCCAGCACUGGCCACGCCCCAAGCACCAAAUCAUGCACACACUUGCGGCAAUGCAGCAAAAGGAGCGGGCAAUACCCCCAGUGGCAUUGCUGGCUUUGGCGAGGAUCGCAACGUGUUUGCCAUUUAUGUGUCCUACUAUGUGAAGGUGAAGCUAACGCUGAGCGGCAUGGGCGGUGAGUUGUCGCUAAAGCUGCCAUUUGUGCUCGUCCAUGUGGAUGAUCAUCGACGUUCGGGCUAUACUUCGGCUACUUUGGCUGAGCUGCGCAUGGAGAAGCUGGCACUGCAUGAUGUGCCCGCUGGACGUAAAAAUGGCAGCAAGCGUGCAGCACACACAGACACAGAUGAGGCCUCGACUAGUGCAGCGGCAGCAGCGGCGGCGGCGGCAGCGGCCACACCAACAAAUGGCAAUGCGACUGUGGAUUGUGCAUUGGACGACGAGUUUAAUAUACGCGUGCCCAUACCAAAUGCAGCACAGCGUAAUAGCGCCACGGGCUCUUGCAAGCGGCGCUUGCAGCGCAGCGAAACAUUAGCCAGAGAUUGGAUGGAGGAGACUGAUGAGCCGGAGCCGCAAUUGGAGCAGCAGCAUGUGCAGAUAGAAGUACAUUCAGAACAAGCAGACAACCAAGAGCAGCAGCAGCAGCAGCAGCAGCCUGAGCAGCCCGCACGUCAAACUGGUGCUGUGCCCAAAAGUACAAAUGUGUGAUUUUGAUUGUGGUCGCAAAUGUUUGCCAAGCGUAAAAAGCCACAAUAGUCAGAAAGAGAGUAAAAUGGAAAAAUGGCAUUAAUAAUUUGUAAAUUUGCUGGCGUCAGUUUAGGUUUCACUACGGUGCGGGGGCAGUGCUAAAGCCUAGUUAGGCCUUAAAAAUGUUUGAUAUCGAUCGCGCACUGAUUGCAAUUUUAAUUCAAU